UUUUCUUAAAUAAGUUGUGCAUCUUGAUGGAUUUACCUCCACUUUCUGAACUAGAAUUGUAGAAUAUCUACUCUUGGGUAAAAUAUGAAUAUACUAAAUUUCAGAUUGAUAAAAUUCCACUCUCAAGACCGAAAAAGAACAUUCAAAGAGACUUUGCUGAUGGAGCCAUGGUGGCUGAAGUUGUUUAUCAUUAUCUCCCAAAAUUGGUGGAAAAGCAUAAUUACCCUCAAGCACAUAGCGUUUAAUAAAAGUAAUACAAUUGGAGCACUCUCAAUUUGAAAGUAUAUUUAUAUACAAUCAAUCAUUAGGUAUUCAAAAAACUUGGAUUCCAGUUAUCUAAAAAUGAUAUUGAUAGUGUCAUUGCUUGUUCACCGGAGGCUGUUGAAAGGGUGUUAAAGUUAUUACAAAUUAAGAUUGAAAAAUAUUUAGAACAAUAGAAAGAAUUGGAAAGGAGAGCCCUUGAAUAAUAAAAACAAUAGUAAUAAUAAUCGCAACAAAAAUAGUAGAUGUAGGAAGAUCCUCUACAAAACUAAGAUUUAAGAUUUAUUCUGGCUGAAAAAAAUUAAGCAAUAACAGAGUUGAAGGAAACUGUAGAAAUUUUAUAAUUAAAAGUCAAGAAGCUUGAAUAACUAUUAUAAAUCAAAGAUAAUAAAAUUUAAGGAUUAAUCAAUCAGUUGCAAGGUAAAUAGUGA